AGACAGACAGCAGCAGCAUCUGUCAGUGUCUGCUGAUGAAGGGACGACGUCUCUUUGACCUCAUCUGAACGGGACUUUAACAGCAGGAAGCCACGAUGACGGCAGUGGACCUUUUCAACACUUUGGAGAAUUUAAAAGAAGAGGAAUUAGCAAAAUUCAAAUGGCAUCUGCAGCAAGACGUCCUGGAAGGCUUCCAACCCAUCAAAGUGUCCAAGCUGGAGAACGCAGAAAGGCAGGACACGGUGGAUGUGAUGGUGAGCACCUAUCAGCUAGAGGGAGCUCUGACGUUGGCCAAGAAGGUUCUAGAGAACAUCGACAGGAAUGAUCUGGUCCAGAGUCUGCCAGACACCGACUCAGGACCACAAGAUCUGGCUGCUGCCAGCAACGUGCCUGAAGAAGACCCUGUGCCGAACCUGGAAGGCACGAAGUGUAAGGAGCACAAUAAACCUCUGGAGGAAAGUAAGACCAACCAGUCUGUUUCAGACCACAAGCCGCAUGAUGUUGUUCCUCUGAAAGAAGAAUAUGAAGGAAAGAAGGCAGAGCUGGAAAACACAGAUGCUGAAAUUCAGCAGAUGAUCCAGAAGAGACGACUGAAGAUUCAGGAGAUCAAACACUCAGUCGACCUCAGUGAGAAAGAUGCAGACAGAGAGAUAGCAGAAGGUGUUCAGGUCUUCACUUCUCUGAAGGAGUCUGCUGAGAGAGGCCUGAAUGAGCUCAUCAACACCAUCAAAGAGAAGCAGAAAACAACAGAAAAACAGGCCGAAGCUUUCAUCACAGAGCUGGAACAGGAAAUCUCUGAGCUGAUGAAGAGAAGCACUGAGGUGGAGCAGCUCUCACGCUCUGAAGACCACCCCCAUCUUCUCCAGAGGGUCCAGUCCCUAAACAUCCAACAACCUCCACUCACCAAGGAGUGGACAGAGGUCAGCGUCCUUCCAUCAUCAUAUGAGGGGACUGUGGUGAAAGCUGUGGCUCAGCUGGAGGAGACACUCAGUAAAGAGAUGAAGAAGCUGCGUGAAGCCGAGCUGAAGAGGGUCCAGCAGUAUGCAGUGGAUGUGACUCUUGAUCCUGAUACAGCACAUCCUGCUCUCAUCCUGUCUGAUGAUGGGAAACAAGUGAAUGCUGGUGAUGUGAGGAAGAAUCUCCCAGACAACCCAGAGAGAUUUGAUUAUUGUGUUUUUCUUUUAGGAAAACAGAGUUUCUCUUCGGGCAGAUUUUACUUUGAGGUUCAAGUUAAAAGAAAGACUAAUUGGAAUUUAGGAGUGGCCAGAGAGUCGAUCGACAGGAAGGGAGACAUCAAAUUGAGUCCUAACAAAGGUUACUGGACGAUAUGGUUGAGAAAUGGGAAUGAGUACAGAGCUCUUGCUUCCCCUCAAGUCCGUCUCUUUCUGAAGUCUCCUCCUCAGAAGGUGGGGGUGUUUGUGGACUAUGACGAGGGUCUGGUCUCCUUUUAUGACGUAGAUGCUGCAGGUCUUAUCUACUCCUUUACUGGCUGCUCCUUCAAUGAGAAAGUCUUCCCAUACUUCGGUCCCUGUCCUAAUGCUGGUGGUAAAAACUCUGCCCCUCUGAUCAUCUCUCCUGUCAGAGUAAACUAAUCACUGAUCUCAUUUCAGGUAUUGAUUCAUUUUCAAUCAAGGGAACAAAUGUACAUAUUCAUAUAUUCUACAUCUUAUUUUCUACAAAAUCUGCUUGCUGUGGUGACUGAUUUAUACUUUAUACCAUUUAUUAUCAUAUGUUAAAUGUGCAGCAAUUCUUUCCAAAUUGAAUCAAACUUCAUCUUGACAUAUUUGGUGUCUUUAGAAACUGAUUUCUUCUGGAAGUUAUAAUAAAUGUCUGUGGGUUUAACAGAGGUUUAAAUAGAUAUCGUCUACAUAACGUGUGUCAUGAUGCAUCAAAUUAAUGUGUUGAUGAUGUCAUCAGAUACACAUUUAUUAGUAUUUGAUGUGCAGCCCCAGAAAAC